GGCGAGGGCGGGACAUGUGGCUGCUUUUAUAUAGUGUGGCUUCACAGCAUCUGCAGAUGAUUGCUAGCCAGGGCUCAGAGGAGGAGCUUUGUGUCCAAUGUUCCUCCACAGAGCUGACUUGAAGCUUUCGCCUCCAUCCUCAAGCUAAAAGUCACAGAGGGAACGUCACGAUAAUGAUCAACACCGCGGAAUGCGCCGUGGACGCGCAAAGCUUGAUCUCCAUCUCACUCAUGAAGAUCCACAACUCCAGGACGCAGAGAGGAGGCAUCAAGCUGCACAAGAACCUUCUGGUCUCCUACGUGCUGAGGAACGCCAGACAGCUUUACAUCAAGGAGAAGUACGCGGAGAUCUACCGGAUGCAGCAGUACGAGGAGGUGAUGACGGUCUGCAACGAGAUCCAGGAGCUGGACCCGCUGGACGUGGACGACGCCGACAACGAGGAGCAGACGCGGGCUGCUUGCUGCGGCGAAGAGGCGGCGCAGCACGGACGGGCGGCGAGCGCUCUCUCCGGUAAAGAACCGGAGCCCUCCUACUACAGAAGCUGCUGCAUGGACGUCUCCGUUGUGCCGCACGGUGAGCAGAUCCCCGCCAACAACUGCAACCAAACCACCGUGCUGGACCUGGACACGCAUGUGGUGACGACGGUGGAGAACGGAUACCUCCACCAGGACUGCCGCUGCUGUGACGCGCCCCAGGCCGGCCAGGGCGCGCAGUCGCCGGGCAAGAAGCGGAAGGUUGACGCCGGUGCUUGUGGUUUGUGCGAUGCCGAGGAAGCGUCCGAGUUUUCCGCCUCACGCAAACGGCCGAAGCGUGACGAAUACUCCUACUGCAACCCGGACUACACGGACACCUCCAACAUCUCCAAUCUGAUCUCCAUCUUCGGCUCGGGGUUUUCAGGACUGCUGAGCAGGCAGGCGGACUUCGAGCAGAUCUGCAGCAAACAAGCACUGGCCAGCCUGGGAGCAUGGACCCGGGCCAUCGUGGCCUUUUGAAGCAAAACAAACACAAAUAACAUGCUUCACUCUUGUGUGCGAAACUGGCAACAUUAGAAGGUCCUUCAUGGGUCCUACAUGGUUCUACAGGGAUCCUACAUGGUCUCACAUGGGUCUGACACGGUCUCUAAAGAGUUCUGGUAACAACAAACAAAUCCAGGGUGCUUCUUCAGAUGUUCUGUAGAUGGAGACAUUUGAAAAGAUGAGUGAAUGUUCCGCAGCACACGAUGGAAAGUCCUUCAAAGUCAUAAAUGCUCCCUGAAGGUUGGGGAACUUCACAGGAACCCUUGCGGGUCGUGAAAACGUCAUGUUUGCGUGUGAGGAACAUCUUCCCACGUCUCGGUGACCAGCAAAGCAGGUUCAGGCUCAUUCAACGGUGCGGUAAUUCAUUCAAACCAUCCAAAUGGAACCGAGAGUCAUGUUAUUAUUCAACAUGUGUUACACCGGGGGUGUCCAAAGUGCGGCUCGGGGGCUCUGUAUGGCCCGCCAUGUAUUCUAAAAAUACAAUUACAAAAAAAACACAUCAAAGUAAGGAGAACAAGUUAAAAUGUUGAUAUAAAUUGAUGUUUAAAAAUAUAGAUAUUAUAUGUAUAUAACUAUAUUUAACAUAUUGGAUUGGUUUAAUUGUUAUUUUUAAGGUACAUUUAAAAAAAAAAUUUUUUUAUUGGAUUGAUUUUUUUUUCAAAAUCAUUUGUUUCUAUAUAUAUAUAUAUUUUAAUUUUAUUUGUAUUUUGUUGUUUUUGAUUGGUUUAAUGUUAAUGUUUAUUUAUUUUGUUAUUUUUUAAAUUCAAUUUGGAGUUUUUAAUUUUUUUAAAUUAAAAUGUGAUUUUAUUUGUUUUUGUAUUUGUUUUUAUUUUUUUUAAUUAACUUUUGGUUUUUCAUUUGUUGAUUAUUUUUCUUUUUAUACAAUUUUUUCAUUAAACGUUUCUAUUUUUUGUUGUGAGAUUGGUUUGGUUUUUUUUGUAAUUAACUUGAUUUUUAUUUGUUAUUUUUUAAAUAUAUUUUGAAGCUGUUUUUUGUUGUUUUUGAUUGCUUUAAAUUUAAACAAAAAUGACACAAUGAAAAAUCUGAAAAUGGCCCACUGCAUCGUGUGAUUGUUCCAUAUGUGGGGCCACUUUAGCAACAAUGCAUACUGUAGGUGUGCUCAAGAGUUGCACAUCAUGACAUUUUUAAUUUUUAUUUUUGCUGCGGAUGACAAAGCAAACCGUUUGUGAUUGCUUUCAAGUGAAUGAAAUCAUUUUUCCCAUUGAGAAUAAGCCGCGGGACGCUAAAAGGGAAACCUGCGGGCCACAAACGGUCCUCGGGGCCAUACUUUGGACACCCCAGCCCUACAAGACGAGAGCGUAAAGGAGUUUAUUUUUACGUAAAGACGAUGUAAAGGUGUGAGAGUGGUUGCAUAUACACAGUAUAUAUAUAUUUACAGUAUACAUAUACAGUAUAUAUGUGUACAUGUGCGUCACUUCCGUUGCCUUAAACACACACACACACACACACACACACACACACACUGCUAGAAAUAGCAAGUUGGUACACAACGUGACUGAAUGUCUUGUGUUCUUUGUCCCUGAUGUCCUUGAAACGGACGUUGUGAGCAGUGAAAUGCUGGCGUUGAAAAAGGCAACAAUCAAAUCCGUCAAGUUAUGUGAGGACUUCCAUCUUUGUUCACCCCGUUUUCUACAACUCAAGGUCAUCGUUCCAAACUGUCUUCACUGUUUUGUACAACGAGAAUCCCAAGUCCUUUUGUUUUAAAAAGGCAAAGUCAUGAUUUAGCCACAAGAUGACAAAAAUCCAUGCGUUAGCUUUAUGAGCACUGUGUGUGUGUACCAAAAUAAAGAGAGUGUGCUGCCAUUCUCCACAUAUUUUGUUGAUAUUCUUGUAUUUUUCUGCUUUAAAAAAAAUGUAUAUUGCCGGGUAAAACUGUUAUUAAACUAUUUGUAAAAAAAAAAAAAAAAAGCAUAAUCUUAAUAAAAAAAAUGACAAUUUUAAUGUCA